AUGUCUCUUGUUGCAUCAGCCUUUGAUGCUACGGGACAGUACUUUGCGAGCGUUGCUGUUUCGCUGAAUUCGCACACGCUGCGUGUUCAGUCGUGCAGAGACGCAGGCGACAAUUUUUCCAACGUGUACCCGUUCGACAAGGCCGUUAGAGUGAACUCUUUGGUGUGGAUCCAUGUGCCAGCAGAGUCCGUCAAGUCUACCAAACUCAGGCGCCUGGAUGCCUCCUUGGAGGAUCAAUUAGUGGCACUGUCUUUGGACAACGGGUCGGUGUAUAUCUACUCUCCCAGCAGAAAUGAGGUGAUACACAAGAUUACUACCUCCAGUCACAUAUCCAGCACAGACUUCCACCACAACGGUUUAUCCAAGAUCGCUUGGAGUUGCGAUUCGCAGGGAUCCUUGUUUGAGCUUGAUUUGAAGAGCUGGCAGGUUUCCAAGACGUUAAGACCAUUGAGCGAAGAAACAACACUGUCCAAACUGGCUAGCAUCACAUAUAACGAGCAACCGCAUCUGCUUCUGGGAUCGCAUUCCACGUACCUUGUUGAUCCCGUUGACAAUUACUCGAUUGUCAAGACUUUCCCAGGCCAUGUUUCUCCAAUCCACACGAUUUUGAGCGUUCACGAUGGUAUAAUUUUCACUGCUGCGCAAGGUGACCGUUUUAUCAACGCCAUUUCUAUAGACAAGGCUUCUACGUUGGCCGUCUUUGUGGCUGAGGAGCCGGUUGUUUCUCUCGCCUUUGCAGAAAACGGGUUCGACAUGUCAAUUUUGGCUGCCACCACAGAAAGUGGGGCCGUCGAGAUCUUUAAUGCUCCUCUCCAAAAACACGACUCAUCAGCAGACACAGCCAGCUCGCCUUUUAAGCGUAAGAAGAAAGUCGUCAACACUCACAGAAGCGACGCCAAGCUGACGGUGAGCCGUCCUGCGUCGGAUCUGGUAGAGAGUCUUCCUAUUCAAAACGUCACCCUGACGCCAAAACAGCUUACAGUCACCUGGCUCGAAGACUCGAGCGUUCCGUUCUUUGAGACUCUGGAUUGGUGGGUUCUUUCGCAGGACAGUGACAAGGAAUACAAACAGAAGGGAGACGUUGUGGUGGAAAAACCAAAACCUGUUUUGAAGUUCACCCAAUUCUCUAAGUUUGGCCACGACAUUGCUGCUUCCAAGACUUACAACGAGAGCCAUGCGAUCAUCUCUUCUGGCGAUAAUUUGAGAGACGUGGACGGGUCUGAUGAGGAUGAAGAGGACGAGAUGACUUUGGCUGAACGGUUGCAGGCAAUUCAAACCAGUAGUAACGGCACUGUUUCCAAGAAGUCUGGCCGUGCCACUGCUGGAACUUUGACUACUGUGCUGUCGCAGGCACUCAAAUCGAACGAUCAUUCUUUGCUGGAGAGUGUUCUGAACAACAAGGACGAAACAGUGAUCAGAAACACCAUUUUGAAGCUGGACUCUAUCUACGUGGGCACACUUCUUGACCGUUUGGCCGAGAGAAUCUCGAGAAAUGGUAACCGUCAGACAAACUUGGUGUACUGGAUCAAGCACAUUUUAAUUUUCCAUGGAGGUGCUUUGCAGAACUCUGCAAAUCUGAGUCUGGUUGCUACCACGAUGAGAAGAAGAGCAGCCAACCUUGACAGACUACUGGAACUGAGAGGUAAGUUUAGCAUGCUGACCGAUAGACUGGAGCUCAAGAGAGAGAUGGUUGGGCUGGAGGAGCGCGACCAGGACGAGGAGGACGAAGUGGAGUACGUGGAAGAGCUGGAUGACGCUGGUCUUUUAAGCAGUGACGAGGACGACGAAGAGUCGGAGUCCGAGGAAGAGCAAGACGUCGUUGACUCUGACCAGUCGGACGACCAGCUCAGUGACAUUGAGGUGGAGUCGAACGGAAAGCAAAUAGAUAUUAGCGACUCUGAGGAGUCGGUGUAG